UUGAGACUUACUUGUGUGUGGUGGGAGGAGGCAGCGGUGCAGACCAGCUUCCACCCGAUGGUCUUUUUUUAAACCUUCAACGCCGGGCGAGAAAUACAUAUCUAAACAUGGACCAGUAUAACGAGUAUUCCUAAGAAAUGUGCCAGUAUUAGUUAUUUGUCUACCCAUAUCAGUAGCUAACGGUUUCACUAUGCCCGAUUGACAGUGUUCUUUGAAGCUUGGCAGUUCCUGAUGCAGGCUUAUUUUUUUCGAUCUGGAAAUUUCUUGACGGGAAACCAAGAUUGGGCAGCUUGGCUAGCUAUCCCAGUAUUACCCUUUUCGCUGCAUCCCCGACUCAAAUUAUGCGGGUUAUGUCGUUGCAUUGAUUUUGCAUGACUAUAUGAUCUACUUUUAGCAUGUCAAUUUAAGUAUUUUUUUAUUCAAACAGUAUAUUUUAUGGGAUUAGCGGUAAAUCAGAAACAAAUAUGGUGAAUUGGAGGCGGCUGCUGCGGGUAUCGAACCGCUCCUUUUUGGCCUUAAUUUUUUUCUUCUCCAUGUCUACGACGUGUCUCUACUUCAUAUAUGUUGCUCCUGGAAUAGCCAACACCUACUUCUUCAUGGUGCAGGCCCAGGGUAUCAUGUUGAGGGAUAACGUGAGGACCAUUGGCCAGAUGAUCAGACUCUACACCAAUAAGAACAGUACCCUCAACGGCACAGAUUACCCAGAUGGCAGUAACUCCAGUGAAUAUAUGGUUCAACCAACCACAUACCUUCCUGAGAACUUCACAUAUGCCCAGAACCUCCCCUGCCCAGAACGCUUACCUUCUAUGAAGGGUCCUAUAGAUGUGAAUAUGACUGAGAUUCCUAUGGAGGAGAUAGAUCUGAAGUUCUCUAAGUAUCUGGAUGUUCAGUUUGGUGGCCACUGGAAACCCAAGGACUGCAAACCACGCUGGAAGGUAGCCAUCUUGAUCCCGUUCCGUAACCGCCACGAGCACCUUCCCAUCCUUUUCCAACACCUCACCCCCAUACUGCAGAGACAGAGACUGCAGUUUGCAUACUACGUCAUCGAGCAGUCUGGGACGCAGCCCUUCAACAGAGCCAUGUUGUUUAAUGUGGGUUUCCUGGAGGCCAUGAAGGAUCUGGACUGGGACUGUCUGGUGUUCCACGAUGUUGACCACAUCCCAGAGAACGACCGUAACUACUACGGCUGUGGUCAGAUGCCUCGCCACUUCGCAGCCAAACUGGACAAGUACAUGUACCUACUACCCUACAGUGAGUUCUUCGGGGGAGUGAGUGGACUUACAGUGGAGCAGUUCCGCAAGAUCAACGGCUUUCCCAAUGCAUUCUGGGGCUGGGGAGGAGAGGACGAUGACCUUUGGAACAGAGUGCACUAUGCUGGUCUGAACGUCACGAGGCCGGAGGGAGAGAUGGGUAAAUACAAGUCCAUCCCACACCACCACCGAGGAGAAGUGCAGUUCCUCGGCAGGUACAAGUUACUGAGGUAUUCCAAAGAGAGGCAGCACCUGGAUGGACUGAACAACCUCAACUACACCCCUGAGAUCUCCCUGAGCUCCCUGUACAAGAACAUCACCGUGGACCUCCACCCUGACCUGGCCCCCAUUACAGACUACUGAACUCUGACCCCCACUGUCCCUGACCUCGUCACACCCCCUCACACUCCAACUGGGACCCCAAAGCAGGGCAGAGGGGGGCUGGGGGUGUGGUGGGAGGCACACCGUGUAACGCUGCCAAGAAACCUUACUCUGAAGAAAAUGUCCGGAAGGGACAUAGGGUCUGUUUAAUCGAACAAUUGUGUGUGUGUUCUGUGAGGAUUGUGGAUGUUGAGAUGGGGUGUGUGUGUGUGUGUGUGUGUGUCUCUGCAUGUCAAUGUGUCCAUGCUGGCUUUAGCUAUUAAGCUACUUAACAUCAACAUGUUAUGAUUCAGUAUGAGGAGGGAGAGGCAGUGUUGUUUUCACAUCAGAUGUUUACUGCAAAGCCUUAAAGUGUCAGGCUCAGCCUCAGAACCAUGGCUCUCUGGUUGCCCCCCAAACCACACCCGAUUCCCUAUAUAUUGUCCAGGGUCCUUAGUGCUCUGGUCAAAAGUAGUGCACUAUAUAGGGAAAAAGGUGCCAUUUGGGACUUUGCCUUUAUCUCACAGCUCAGCACAGUUUUCACUUUUAACGUCUCAGUACCAUCACCUUACAAGCCAACAGACAUUUUGUGUCUUCACUUUAUAUAAUUUUUACACCGUUCGUUUAAAAAAAAAWAWAUUCCAUAAAGAGGACAGGCGCUAAGUGAAGGUGACUUUUUUGUGAUGUACAUUUUCUAAUAUGGUCAAAUGUUUUUUUCCUUCAUUUUUUCCUUUUUUUUAACGGACGUUUUAAAGCACUAUCCUGUUUCUCUGUCACAUGAGUGUUUUGCUGUUCCUUUGCUGCACUGCUGACACGCAUGAUGCACAGAGCACGUAUGUAAAUACUUGACUCUUAAAGCUCGAGCAUAGAACACGUAUGUAAAUAUUCAGCCUUUUAAACGCUCAGAGCCUGUUAGUUAUUAUUCCAGUGGAUUUGAAUUUUGUUUUGGCAGCUACCUUCCUGAGGACUUACCUGGUUCUUCCAUUUAAAUGGGAAGAUGUUCUAACAAUAGAUGGCUUAAAAAAGAAAAAAUAUA